AUGUCUUCACGAGCCCAGCACAAGCGUUUGGUCCUUGUUACAACACUACCAAUAUUUUCUCAUUCUGUUCAUCUAUCUAUCUAUCUAUCUAUCUAUCUAUCUAUCUAUCUAUUCUAUUCUCAUUUUGUUCAUCUAUCUACCUAUCUAUCUAUCAUUCUGUUCAUCUGUCUAUUUAUCUAUCUUUCUUCAUUCUGGCCAUCUAUCUAUCUAUCUAUCUAUUCUAUUCUAUUCUAUUCUCAUUUUGUUCAUCUAUCUACCUAUCUAUCUAUCAUUCUGUUCAUCUGUCUAUUUAUCUAUCUUUCUUCAUUCUGGCCAUCUAUCUAUCUAUCUAUCUAUUCUAUUCUAUUCUCAUUUUGUUCAUCUAUCUACCUAUCUAUCUAUCAUUCUGUUCAUCUGUCUAUUUAUCUAUCUUUCUUCAUUCUGGCCAUCUAUCUAUUCUAUUCUAUUCUAUUCUCAUUUUGUUCAUCUAUCUACCUAUCUAUCUAUCAUUCUGUUCAUCUGUCUAUUUAUCUAUCUUUCUUCAUUCUGGCCAUCUAUCUAUCUAUCUAUCUAUUCUAUUCUAUUCUAUUCUCAUUUUGUUCAUCUAUCUACCUAUCUAUCUAUCAUUCUGUUCAUCUGUCUAUUUAUCUAUCUUUCUUCAUUCUGGCCAUCUAUCUAUCUAUCUAUCUAUCUAUUCUAUUCUAUUCUAUUCUCAUUUUGUUCAUCUAUCUACCUAUCUAUCUAUCAUUCUGUUCAUCUAUCUUUCUUCAUUCUGGCCAUCUAUCUAUCUAUCUAUCUAUUCUAUUCUAUUCUAUUCUCAUUUUGUUCAUCUAUCUACCUAUCUAUCUAUCAUUCUGUUCAUCUGUCUAUUUAUCUAUCUUUCUUCAUUCUGGCCAUCUAUCUAUCUAUCUAUCUAUCUAUUCUAUUCUAUUCUAUUCUCAUUUUGUUCAUCUAUCUACCUAUCUAUCUAUCAUUCAGUUCAUCUGUCUAUUUAUCUAUCGUUCUUCAUUCUGGCCAUCUAUCUAUCUAUCUAUCUAUUCUAUUCUAUUCUAUUCUAUUCUAUUCUCAUUUUGUUCAUCUAUCUACCUAUCUAUCUAUCAUUCUGUUCAUCUGUCUAUUUAUCUAUCUUUCUUCAUUCUGGCCAUCUAUCUAUUCUAUUCUAUUCUAUUCUCAUUUUGUUCAUCUAUCUACCUAUCUAUCUAUCAUUCUGUUCAUCUGUCUAUUUAUCUAUCUUUCUUCAUUCUGGCCAUCUAUCUAUCUAUCUAUCUAUUCUAUUCUAUUCUAUUCUCAUUUUGUUCAUCUAUCUACCUAUCUAUCUAUCAUUCUGUUCAUCUGUCUAUUUAUCUAUCUUUCUUCAUUCUGGCCAUCUAUCUAUCUAUCUAUCUAUCUAUCUAUCUAUCUAUCUAUCUAUCUAUUAUAUACCGUAUCUAUGAACACUAA